GUUCAUGAUGCGCUAGAGCCAAAAGUGCACGCCGCCCCCAAUCCUUCCAGAAACCCACGGAUAACACGGCAAGUGGCUUCCGUUGACUGGACGCCAACAACCACGGUGACCAAGACGAAGUUUUAUAGAUUCUCUGCAGACAACACAACUUCGCUCUUCUCAAUGUCGAUCUCAACGGAGGUUCCAUCGGGGUCGAUCCCCCCAAACGACCGGUGUUUAGGCCCACUAUACGACCUAGACCACUGGACUGACCCGAACCCCCCAAUUUUCUCCUGUGCAAAUGCCUGGAAUGCCGAGAAUGCCACCCGCGGUCUCAAAGACUCUGAUUUCCAGACCUUCUGCUGUGACGGCGAGAUUCUGGGUUCUCUCAACUGGACCCGGGAGAAUUUCGAGCUUCAAGAUUUGGAAUGCUGCCGUUAUGGAGCCGAAUUAUCGACCGGUCCCUUGCCUGAUUCGCCUGAUGAUGGCGGAGACGGAGGCACCUUUUGCGCUGAGCGGUAUGGGUUCAGUAGAACGCCGUUGGCGAGUUUGGCAGCUACGGGAACAGCGGAAGCGCAGCCGUUUCCUGUCACGUACAAUAAGAUGGGGGCGAGUCGUCUGUCAUCGGAUGCGUAUAUGGUUUGGUCAGGGAGCACAUUGUCGGAGCGGGUGGUGACAGAAACGCCGUACUGUCUGUGGGUGGACACGGUGCAUGGGGUGCAGAUGACAAGUGUGGAGGUGCCAAAGGCAGAUGUAACAACGUUGCCACGGACAGGGUCGGCUGAAGCUUCCGCUCGCCCCAGUAGCGGAAGUUCUCUGGGGAGUGGGAGUGAGGUCCAAAGGACGGGACCGAGUACUGCGGAAGGGGUGCCAUCGAAUGGCGCGGAAUCCGGAACGAGCACAGGAGGAGCAGGGUCAGAGCCUACAGGCGCCUCGAAUGCGCCGAGCGUGCCGGCCGUGAUGUGUCUUGGGCUGAUGUUCGUAUCGUGGGUGCUGUUGAUGUAACUUGAUAAGCUCGAUUCUCAAACGAUCACCUGCUUGGAUGCACACUGUCAGCAGAU